GCUGACAGUUGUCCUGUCCCUUUGCAAAGAAAUCACCGAGAGGGAAAGAGGGCAACUGCCUGUAUCCUAGCUCUCUGAUUAGUUUCUUACUUUAGAUUUGUGCCUUAAUCUCAACAAAGACAAUUCUACCCCCAGGAGAUACACAUGUUCACAGCAUAAACGUCCUAUUCUUCCCAAUUCCAGCCCGCUUCCACCAGAGUGAUGGCAAGUAGCAUCGAUUCAGACAGUGAGCAGGCAGUGCCAGAUGAAGGAGGAUCUGAUGUGAAGACAGUGCAAGCUUACUAUCUUCGAAGUCCUUCUCCUAGCCGAUAUUCAGUGCUAUCAGAUGCAGAGACUGAGAGCAUCUUCAUGGAUCCCAUCCAUCUGUCAUCUGCUGUGGCUGCUAAACAAAUCAUCAAGGAAGAGCUGAAGACAAAGGAAGUGAAAGUAGACACUGUAUGUCCAGGGAUGCUGGAAUCUGCAGAGCAGUUGCUGAUGGAAGAUCUAUAUAACCGAGUUAAAGAAAAGAUAGAUGAUACUAGCCUGUUCAAUACACCAUGUGUUAUGGACAUACAGAGGGCACUUGUGAAAGACCAUCUGGAAUCACCAAUGGAUCCCAUUGAUGAGGUCUGGCCAAAUAUCUUCAUAGCAGAAAAGAGUGCUGCAGUGAAUAAAGGACGCCUAAAGAGGCUAGGGGUUACUCAUAUCCUGAAUGCUGCUCACGGCACUGGUGUAUAUACGGGACCAGAGUUCUAUAAUGGAAUGAAUAUCCAGUACUUGGGCAUUGAGGUGGAUGAUUUCCCAGAUGAGGAUAUCGCUAAACAUUUCCGCCCAGCAGCAGAGUUUCUCGAUGAAGCAUUACUAACCUACAGAGGAAAAGUUAUGGUCAGCAGUGAAAUGGGAAUCAGUCGCUCAGCAGUGCUCAUAUCUGCUUAUCUAAUGAUCUUCCAUCACAUGACAAUAUUAGAAGCUUUACUGACUAUCCGUAAGAAGAGAGCUAUUUAUCCCAAUGAUGGUUUUCUGAAACAGCUCCGAGAACUCAAUGAAAAGCUACUUGAGGAACGAGAAGAGGAAGAUGAUGAAGAUGAUGAAGAUACAACAGAUGGGCAAAGUUCUGUUGUAAGAGCUGGAAGUUGUUCCCUACUAUCUGAGAAAGAAGAUUCUGGGAGUAUUAUGGGAGCCAAAGUCCACUCUAUCAUGGUAGAGGAAGAAGACACAACAAGUCUCCUGGGAAGUGUAAUGACUGCUUCUUCUAUGGGAAAGUUGAGCUUGAUUUCCAAGGAGCCUACUCUUAUCAGUGAAGAGGAGGAGGAAGAACUCUAUGAAGAAUGGAGAAGGAAACAAGGCUUGCCUGCCAAGGAAAUUUUAAAGAAGAAUGGAGAAAGUAAACCCUCAGACCUCCCACUUCAAGGACAAGUAGAAUCUGAGGAGGAUGUAAAUCAAAUGAUCCAAGCAUGGCAACGCAAAAAUGAGAAGUACCAAAUAGAAAGCUGCAUACUUUCCAAGGAAGAGGAGUCUAGCAUGGGGCAAAAAUCAUGCCUUGUAAAUGAUACAAGUGAUACUGAAAGUGUGAGUAGCCAAGAGAUCAGGAUCUUGAAACAAGAACUGGAAGCAAGUAGUAUCAACAGAAUGAGAAGAGGACGUACAGACUCUAUGUCUACAGAAAGUAGCUGGGAUAUGUGGAAUGAGAGGAUGAUGGAGAUAGAAAAGGAAGCCUCUAAGAAAUAUUGCUCAAGAGCUAGAUAUGGUGAUGAGAAUCUAAGAUCCGAACAUGGAGCAAGAGGGAGGGAUGUAGAUGCAGAAAGUAUAUUAUCUGGUACUAGUUCAUUUUAUAAUUUCUGUCAAAAGAACAAAGACAAGUUGACAGCCUUAGAAAGAUGGAAGAUUAAGAGAAUCCAGUUUGGCUUUCACAAAAAAGAUUCAGAAGUUGAGCAAUCCAAGGCUGAAGACAGUAGCCAACAAAAUAAAGAGGCUAUGGAAGAAGAGAAAUGCUUGUCAGAUAUCAAUCUGACAGCCUACCAAGCCUGGAAGACUAAGCACCAGAAGAAAGUUGGUAGUGAGAAUAAGGAUGAUAUUGUAGAACUUACUAAAGGUAAAGAUUCCAUUUGUGCCAGGAGAAAACAGAGACGAAUGGAGUUACUUGAACACUCAAAGAAGGUUCUGGAGGAAAGCCAAUCUCUCUGCAGCUGGGAGGCAGAAAGUGGAAACAUCCCUUUGUCAGCCUUUUGGCCAUCAACAGCUUCCAUAAAUGGGACAGAAGAUCUGGCUUCAGCAAUAAGCAUGCAGACCAAUUGCUCAUCUUUUUCUCAGGCUAGAAGCAGUAAUGGGGCUAAGCCAGCAAGUGUGCCUGGCAUCUCCAUUGGCCCAGAUGAAACAAUAUCAAUAGCCAGCAUUCAGAAUUGGAUUGCCAAUGUUGUUAAUGAAACUAUUGCUCAGAAACAAAAUGAAAUCCUUAUGUUGUCUCGUUCACCAUCAGUAAUGGCUUCCAGUGUUAAGUCAAGUGAUCCAAAUAGACACAUGGAUGAUGGCAAGUCAUCUCUGCUUGGAGCACAAACUGGCUUACCUCUAUCUACUUCUACUUCACUGCUUCAUCAAGACCCUCAAUAUGCUGACACUCAAUCCAUCCUAUCUUGCAAGACUUCAGUGAGUAGAAGCAUGGAAGAAUCUAUCUCAAGUAGGAAAGUAACUCAGACAAGCAAGCCUCUUUUCAGCCUUUUUGCUGAUGAGGUAGAUCUGAAGAAGCUUAGCAGAAAGGAAAGGGAGAUGCAAACAGAAAUGAGAGAGAAAAUGUCAGAUUACCAGACUGAGAAGCUUAUCAGUGACAAUAAGCGUAGCACUUUAUUUAAGAAGAAAAAGAUCAAGGAUGAAGAUGAGGAUGAAAAAAGAGAAAAUCUAUAUGAUAGAAAUAUAGCAAUGGGUGGUCCUGGGAAUCCAUUAAGGGAAGAUAUUGACACCAGUGACAGAGUUUCUGCUCUCUCAGGCCAGUUUGCUACUGUUGGGGGUGUUAUAAGAUCAGAAGUAGAAAACAAUGUAAACAAGUGGCUCAGAGGUUUGAAAACAGAAGAAAAGUCCUCCUAUCAGGACUGCACUGAGGCCAGUAGUGAGAAAUAUAGGAAGUCAUCCACUUUUAGAAAGAUGGACACUGAAGCUUCUAGCUAUAGAACUUCCAGAUCCCAGAGAGAAGAUAUGGAUAGUUCCUCAGCCCAUCAGUAUAAAAAUGAAUGGCAAAGAACCUCUUCCCAAUUUUCCUCUGCCUCUGCACAAGAAGAGAAGGCACAUUCAUUUACACAGUCAAAAGUGAGUGAGGCAAACUCUAGAGAAGAAAGUCCAGACCCAUGUUUUUCUAGAACUCCAGAACCCUCUUACAGCUCAGAAUCUGCCAAACCUCAGACCAGAUUGUAUCACUUGGAAGAACAUGCAGAGGAGUCCAGAUUAGACAUGACUGAAUAUGGAGCAAAGAGAAAAUUCACUCAGAGCUUUGCAAAGUCUGAAGAAGGUACAGAAAAAGAAGAAAAUACGGAAGAAAGGAAAGAGUAUUUUGCAUCAAAGUAUUUAAUUAGAAACAGACAAAGCACUCAUAAGGAGGGGGAAGAACUGGAUGAUGAUGCCAUCAUUGCUGCCUGGAGAAGCCGACAAGAAGAAAGUAAAGCAAAGCUUCGGCGACAGAGAGAGGAGUGAUGGAGAGUCAAGUCAUGCCAGUCUAAUUCUUCUCUACCUUAACUAUUUAGAGGAAAGCCUUCCAAGAAUUUGCAAGCAACCAAGGUUUAAACAGCAUAUUUUAAUCACUUUCUAUUACAUUUCUUAUCCUCCUUUCCAGUAAAUAGUAGAUUAAGCACUAUUUAGGCCUGCAGAUAUUCUUCUACCCUUAAUGUUCAAUAUGAGAGGAAUAAGUAGUUUUUUCAAGGAAAGGAAGAUUGUAUGUUAAUAAUGUUUUGUAAUAUUUAAAUAUUUGAGAACAUUUCAUUAAAAAAACAAGAUAAUAAUUGGGAAUGCCAAUCAAACCAAACAUAUAUUUCUGUUUUCUGAAAUCAUUAAACAAUCAUUCUAGGAUUUUCUUUCAAUUCCAUCAUUGUUGGAAUAAUCAGUAAUCUGAACUUCUAAUAUUCUUUGCUUUCUAAAUACAAAACCUUGCUUGUCUCUUGUGUGUAUUUGUAGUGUAUAAAAAAUACUGAGGGUAUAAAUGUAAUGUUGGUUCCCAUGACAACUUGGAACAAAAUAUCACUUUUCAGUUACAUGGGAAGGCUUUGUUUAAGGAUUUUAAUUUUGUCUGCAAAGACAAUUUCAGAAAUAAAAUUUACCUUUUGAACCAAA